AGUUUUUGUACAUGCAUAAACAGAAGUCUGUUUCACUAACAGGAUUACAAGUUUAGGAUCCGCAUGAUAUGCAUUUUAUUGUUGGAACACAAGAAUAACAAUGCGAAGAUCUCUUCUUUCUAUGAUUUUAGCCUGUGCUCUGAGUUCUGCAUCUGGAGCUGAUGUUCGACUGGUCAAUGGUAGUAAUCCCUGCUCUGGUAGAGUUGAGGUCUUUAACAAUGGUAGUUGGGGAACUGUGUGCGAUGACUCUUGGGGCAUUAAUGAUGCUGCUGUGGUGUGCAGACAGGUGGGGUGUGGAAAAGCUCUUAUUGCAAAUAGUGAGGCUUCUUUUGGCCAGGGGAGUGACCCAAUCUGGCUGGAUGAAGUUGAAUGUUCCGGAAAUGAGAGCAGCCUUAUAGAGUGCAAACACUAUGGACUAGGAUCACAUGACUGUGGACACAGUGAAGAUGCUGGUGUUAUAUGCUCAGGUGAUGUUCGACUGGUCAAUGGUAGUAAUUCCUGCUCUGGUAGAGUUGAGGUCUUUCACAAUGGUAGUUGGGGAACUGUGUGCGAUGACUCUUGGGACAUUAAUGAUGCUGAUGUGGUGUGCAGACAAGUGGGGUGUGAAAAAGCUCUUGGUGCCAACAUUGAGGCUUCUUUUGGCCAGGGGAGUGACUCUAUCUGGCUUGAUGAUGUUGCAUGUUUGGGAAGUGAGAGCAGCCUUAUACAGUGCAAACACUAUGGACUAGGGUCACAUAACUGUAGACACAGUGAAGAUGCUGGUGUUAUAUGUUCAGGAGGUGAUGUUCGACUGGUCAAUGGUAGUAAUUCCUGCUCUGGUAGAGUUGAGGUCUUUCACAAUGGUAGUUGGGGAACUGUGUGCGAUGACUCUUGGGACAUUUAUGAUGCUGAUGUGGUGUGCAGACAGGUGGGAUGUGGCCAAGCUCUUAUUGCAAACAGUGAGGCUUCUUUUGGCCAGGGGAGUGACUCUAUCUGGCUGGAUGAAGUUGAAUGUUCUGGAAGUGAGAGCAGCUUAAAACAGUGCAAACACAAUGGACUAGGAUCAAAUGACUGUGAACAUGAUGAAGAUGCUGGUGUUAUAUGUUCAGAUAACAGAAUAAUAUUCCAUCCUGUAAAGAUUUGUUUACAAACUAUUUGAAGCCAGGGCUUAAAAUGGGCUCACAGUUAAAACUUGACUCUUCUGUAUCGUGUACUAA